ACACUUAGAGCGCCCUUGUGCGAGUAUAGCCGAUCGUUCUCCACCUCUUCUUUUAUGACAGGCAGCUCGCGCUUACACGCUCGUCCGAUUCCAAUUCAGCUGGACAAAACAUGAGCUCGUCAUCCCGGUAAGACUCUCCAAAAAGCUGGGAAGGAAGGGAAACGAAAUCUACCUGGAGCGUUUCUCAUUUCUUUUCUCUGUUACCCCCUUUGCUCGCCGAUCAAGUGAGAGUCCACAAAGUUUCCUCCUUUCCUCUUGGCCUUUUGGCUGUUCGAGUUUUUCGCUGCUGCCUGCAAAAGAAAAAAAAUAUCGAAUGGAUUCUAUCAGGAGCUUGCGCGAGCAAUGGAACUCGAGCAUAGAUCGCCUCAAUGCGGCAGUCGCUCGGAGCAGAGUCGGGCGGUACUUCAAGCUCGAGGAGCGAAAGUCUUGCUUCACUCGGGAGGUGAGAGCCGGCACCGCAACAUUCCUCACCAUGGCAUACAUCCUCGCGGUGAACGCCAGUAUACUCGCCGAUUCGGGCGGUCCCUGCGGCAUCUCCGACUGCUCGCUCGUCUGCUCCGACUCCACCACCCCGAUACAGCGCUGCUCGGGCCUCACUCCCGGCGGUAUACCGCUCACUCUUGUGAAGCCAGGUGCCGAGUGCAAGGAUCCAGGGGCCCAGAACAAAGGAUACUCCGACUGCCUGGACCGCACCAAGCGUGAUCUCAUCGUCGCCACCGCAGCAUCCUCGCUCAUCGGCAGUGUCAUCAUGGGCGUGUUUGCAAAUCUCCCGCUCGGGCUGGCGCCUGGGAUGGGAGCAAACGCCUACUUUGCGUACACCGUCGUUGGCUUCCACGGCUCCGGAAGCAUCACUUACGGUGGAGCGCUGGCGGCUGUGUUCGUCGAGGGACUGAUCUUUCUCGGCCUGGCAGCGCUCGGCCUCCGGACCCGGCUGGCCAAGGCCAUCCCCCGCCCCGUCCGCAUCUCCAGCUCGGCAGGUAUCGGUCUCUUCCUCGCCUUCAUCGGCUUGCAGUCGAGCGAAGGCAUCGGGCUCAUCGGCUUCAGCCCAUCAACUCUGGUAACACUGGGUGCAUGCCCGGCAGCGGACCGAGUGGCGGUAGCACCGGUUGUCACCAACGCCACCACCGGUGUCUCCCGUCUCAUGCCCGGCGCUACCAUCUCCUCCAACAUCCUGUGCACGCGUAACCGGAUGGAAGAUCCCACUCUCUGGCUUGGCGUCGUCGGCUUCGUCAUCAUCGCGUAUGCUCUCGUCAGGGGUGUCAAAGGUGCCAUGAUCUACGGCAUUGUCUUCGUCACCGGCAUCUCCUGGUUCCGGGGAACGCAGGUGACAUACUUCCCAUAUACCGACGCUGGUAACGCGGCCUACUCGUACUUCCGCGAGGUGGUCGACGUCCACACCAUCAAAGGCACCGCCGGAGCUCUCUCCUUUGCUGAAAUCGGCCAGAGCCAGUUCUGGGUGGCGCUCAUCACCUUUCUCUACGUCGACAUACUGGAUACCACCGGAACUCUCUACUCCAUGGCCAAGUUUGCCGGCUACGUCGACGAGAAGGGCGAUUUCGAGGGGCAAUACCAGGCUUUCAUGAGCGAUGCCGCGGCCAUCGUGGUCGGCUCGGCACUUGGAACUUCUCCUGUCACUGCUUUCAUCGAGUCGUCCACGGGGAUUCGAGAAGGUGGCAGAACCGGGAUUACUGCUCUUACCGUGGCGAUGUACUUCUUCCUGGCACUGUUUUUUACACCGCUACUGGCUUCUAUUCCACCCUGGGCGGUCGGACCGGCGCUCGUUCUCGUCGGAGUUUUGAUGAUAAAGUCGGUCAAGGAGAUUGAGUGGGAGGACAUGAGAGAAGGCAUCCCGGCUUUCAUCACCAUUAUCCUCAUGCCUCUUACGUACUCCAUUGCUUAUGGCUUGAUCGGCGGCAUUGGUACGUUCGUGGUGCUGAAUGGACUCGACUGGCUCUUUUCCAAAACCAAAAGGCCACCGUCGUCAAGCGAUACAGAUGAAGCGAUGAAGCAAGUUGACACAGUGGAAACUGGCAGAGCUCUAGAACAAGUCUGAAUGCCAUCGAUACAAUUGACACCCCACAUGUUUAAAAAAAAUUAAAAUGAAUUACAUGUCAGAGUAUAUAUCACCAUGCAAGUUGUGGAAGAUCUGAAAUCACGCAACGAACCCAAAAAAGAAAGUUUGACCACGACCUUCAUUCUAGCAACAAUGUUGAUAGCCGGAACAAUGAUCCAACAAAGCAA